AUGACGAAGUCCUACCGCACGUACAGCAAGACUGCUCGCAGUCCCAAGCGCCCCUUCGAGAAGGAGCGCUUGGACCAGGAAAUGAAACUCCUGGGCGAGUAUGGUCUGAAGAACAAGCGCGAGGUGUGGCGGGUGCAGUACGCCCUUGCUAAGAUUCGCUCGGCAGCCAGAGAGUUGCUCACUCUUGAAGAGAAGGAUCCUCGGAGACUUUUCCAAGGACCAGCUCUGUUGCGUCGUAUGGUUCGUUUGGGAUUGUUGGGAGAGUCUGAGCAGAAGCUCGAUUAUGUUCUGGGGCUUACUGUUGCCAAGUUUCUGGAGAGACGCCUUCAGACCAAGGUUUUCAAGCUUGGUCUCGCGAAGUCUAUUCACCAUGCCCGCGUCCUCAUCCGUCAGCGUCACAUCCGCGUGGGUAAGCACAUCGUCGAUAUCCCCUCUUUCAUGGUUCGCGUUGACUCCGAGAAGCACGUCGACUACGCCAUUACUUCUCCGUUCGGAGGCGGCCGCCCCGGUCGUGUAAAGAGACGCUCCCUCAAGGGCGGCAACGCCGAGGGUGGAGACGACGAGUAA